GAAGACAUAUUGGUCGCGAGAGAGCCGCGGGAAGGGAGCUCAUGUUCUCAGUAAGGGAGCUCAUGUUCACCAAAUUGUGAAUCCUAGCAUAUUGGUCCGAUUAUAUAUAUAUAUAUUAUCAUCCUGCAUCUUUCGAGGCUGUCGGCGCUUUCUCAUAAAGGUAGACAAGGGAGGACAAAAAUGGCAGAAGAUGGAGCAGAGUGGUGGAGUGAGGAGACGGUGGCGGUGGUGACGGGAGCGAGCAGAGGGAUCGGGCUGGAGGUGUGCAGGCAGCUCGCAGACAAGGGGCUCACCGUCGUCAUGACUGCUCGCAAGCCGCAGGAGCGACUCUCAGAACCUGCUCAACUCUUCCUGCAAGAAGCAGCGGAAGCAGGGAAGAAGAAGAUCAUCUUCCACACUCUGGAUAUCACUCAGCAGCAGAGUGUGAUGGAUUUCGUCGAUUGGUUGAAGCAACAUGUUGGAUUCGUCGAUAUUCUGGUAAAUAAUGCUGGUGUUAACAACUCGGCGAUAGAUUGGGGCGCCGUGGAAAGUGACGAUAACGACAAAAGAGCUGUCAUGGGACAUCUUGUAUGGGCGAACGGGACCUCAGACAGAUACAAGUCGGCUAGGGGCUGCCUGGAGACCAACUUCUAUGGAACCAAGAGGUUGACCAAGGCUUUGCUCCCUCUCCUGCGCCCCUCUUCUCACAAGCCAAGGAUUGUCAACGUCUCAUCCAGAUAUGGGCUACUGUGGCCUCUAAGGGAUGAAGAGUUAAGGAAGCAACUGUGCCAUACGGUGAACUUAACAGAGGAAAAGAUCGAUCAGGUGUUGGACAUGUUUCUUGAAGAUGUGAAGUCUGAGAAGGGGAUGGACAGGUGGCCCAGUAACCUUCCCACUUACUCCAUCUCCAAGAUUUCGUUGAAUGCAUACACGAGGCUCUUGGCCCUUCAAUUGCAUGACAAAGCUUGCGUCAACAGCGUGCACCCUGGCUACGUGAUGACUGAUAUGAACUUUGGCAUCGGCGAUAUCUCUCCGGCCGAAGGCGCCGCCUAUUUGGUGCGCGUUGCUCUCCUCCCUCCCGGUGGACCUUCCGGCCACAACUUCCUCGAGAGCAAGGAUGUUGGCUUUUAAUGAUCACCAAAUAGCUUUCGGUUUCCAAGCCAAACUUGUUGUGUUUGUUUGAUUUUCGUGCUCAAUAAGUGAGCAGUGGACCGCUGGUCAUCUAUCUACAGGCUCGUGAAUCCGUCCCAAUAUCUUUCAUUUAUGUUUCUUCAUUUCUGGAUACUUUGUGAUGUAAUUGCAAUUUCAUCGUUUAAAAAUCUUCAGUAGGUUGCAUUUUAG